CCGCCCCCCGGGGCGGUCCAGCCGCUGCCGCUGCCGCUGCCGGGCGGGGCCGCUCCGGGCGCCCCGGGAGCGGGGCCGGGACAGGAGCCCCGCCAUGUCCAAGCUGCUGCCGGCUCAGGAAGCAGCCCGGAUCUACCAUACCAACUACGUGAGGAAUGCGCGGGCCAUGGGAGUGCUCUGGGCCCUCUUCACCCUCUGCUUCUCCAUCCUGAUGGUGGUGACCUUCAUCCAGCCGUACUGGAUCGGCGACAGCAUCGACACGCCGCAGGCCGGCUACUUCGGCCUCUUCUCCUACUGCAUCGGCAACGCGCUCACCGGGGAGCUCAUCUGCAAGGGCAGCCCCCUCGACUUCGGCACCAUCCCUUCCAGUGCCUUCAAAACUGCCAUGUUCUUCGUAGGCAUAUCCACCUUCCUCAUAAUUGGCUCCAUCCUCUGCUUCAGCCUCUUCUUCUUCUGUAACGCAGCCACUGUCUAUAAAGUGUGUGCCUGGAUGCAGCUGGCAGCAGCUACUGGGCUGAUGAUUGGCUGCCUGAUCUACCCUGACGGCUGGGACUCGAGCGAGGUGAAGCGCCUGUGUGGGGACAAGACAGACAAAUACACACUGGGUGCCUGCACCGUGCGCUGGGCCUACAUCCUCUGCAUCAUUGGCAUCCUCGACGCUCUCAUACUGUCCUUCCUGGCCUUUGUGCUGGGGAACCGGCAGGACAACCUCCUCCCAUCCGAUUUCAAAGUGGAAAAUAAAGAAGAGGGAAAUGACUGACAGAGCUCAUUACCACAAAAUCACAAUGGGCAAAGUACAAUCACAUUUGGAAUCCGCUGAUGCUGUACAACUAAAUUUUCAAAAGGAAAGCCACACAUGGGGAAAAAGAAAUAAAACAACUCUGCUAUGGAAACAUGGUAUUCAGCAAGUCUGGAAGUUGACUGAACACUUGUAAGGGUUUUUUGCCAGGCCUGGCCAGUCACUCAGCAGCUCAGAGCACACAGCACAAACGAGUUCCCCAGAAUGCUCUGUAGAAAGAGUGUAAAAUCCCCCAGCUGACACCACUCACCAUGCAUGCUGUGCUCCAGAUGUCAGCAGGGGUGUUGUACCCGGACCCUAUCAACACCUCCAAGGACCGGUACUGUCUUGUUUGGAUGUCUUCAGUGAAGUGCUUGUGCUAAAUAAAAGAAAUG